GUGGAGGGCGGAGGGGAUAGAUAGCACGCUUGCGCGGCUGUCACAGGGCUGCUUGGUUGGUCAGUGGGGAGUCGGCGCCUGCGUACUAAGACCCGUGUGCAGCAGCGGCGGCGGCGGUAGAGGCGGCGGCGGCGGCGGCAGCGGGCUCGGAGGCAGCGGUUGGGCUCGCGGCGAGCGGACGGGGUCGAGUCAGUGCGUUCGCGCGAGUUGGAAUCGAAGCCUCUUAAAAUGGCAGAUGAUUUGGACUUCGAGACAGGAGAUGCGGGGGCCUCAGCCACCUUUCCGAUGCAGUGCUCAGCAUUACGUAAGAACGGCUUCGUGGUGCUCAAAGGCCGGCCAUGUAAGAUCGUGGAGAUGUCUACCUCCAAGACGGGCAAGCAUGGCCAUGCCAAGGUCCACCUGGUCGGUAUUGACAUCUUUACUGGCAAGAAAUACGAAGAUAUCUGCCCGUCCACUCAUAAUAUGGAUGUCCCCAACAUCAAAAGGAAUGACUUCCAGCUGAUCGGCAUCCAGGACGGGUAUCUAUCACUGCUCCAGGACAGCGGGGAGGUGCGAGAGGACCUUCGCCUGCCCGAGGGAGACCUCGGCAAGGAGAUUGAGCAGAAGUACGACUGUGGAGAAGAGAUCCUGAUCACGGUGCUGUCUGCCAUGACAGAGGAGGCAGCUGUUGCAAUCAAGGCCAUGGCAAAAUAACCGGCUCCCAGGGUGGCGGUGGUGGCAGCAGUGAUCCUCAAGCCUGCAGAGGCCCCCU